CGACCUAGCGUAUGGAUCGUCUUGUCACUUGCCUCGUAUCACUUGCCUUAUCGUAUUGUGAUAUAGAGCCGUAUUUUCAUUCUUAGAAAGUUUGCUUCCUCUGGCCUUCAAUGUUAAGUCAAGUGUGGAAGCGCGAUUUGGUUGGAAAUUUACUACUAAAAAGCGUCUGUAAAAUUGAUUGUGGCGUGUUUGUUUGCUCGCAGCAUAGCUCUCUGGAUGAAUCAAUGAACAAAGUUCAAUUGGCUAAGCAAUCAUACGCGGAAUUCGGUGAUAAGGUGAAAAGUUGUAUAAUUCAAUUGUAACCUUCUUAUCACUAGAAACAUACAGAGAGCUGAGGUGGCAGAAUUGCUUCUGAAAAGUAGACUCUGUUAGUCAGAUUUUCGCUAUUACGGAGCUAAGAUGUCGAAGCAGCGGGAGAAAAGUGCGAUCGAUAAUGUUAACGAUGGAGGAUCGAAGGAAAGAUUGGAUGGUGGAGCACUCGCGACCUCAUCGGGAAAUCAGCAGGAAGGAGUCAGUGACACUGAUAAGGCGGCCGUGGAUGAGAAUUACUUAUUUGAAACGUUAAUUGAAUUGUGCAGAAAUAACAUAAAAUAUUUCGAAAAUGACGAUUCGGAAAGUGGCCCCAGGAUCCAUGGAGCGUUCGUGGGGAUCAUUGAUCACGUUGAGACGGCAAAGCCACUUGUGAAGGAAGUUAGUUCGUUUGUACACGAGUAUGACUUUAGCAAGGAUGUUCCCGGAAAUGGAUUCCGCAGUUUUCUUUAUGUGAUGGAAUGUUGCCUGAAGACGACGCUGAAAUUGGCCAGAUAUGUAAUGGAAAAUCGAGGCACAAUGCUGUUUAGAAAAUCGCUUUACGCAAAAGAAGUUGAGGCAUAUAAUCAUCUGAUGGCAAGUCUCUGUACAUGCUUGAAGCAUUGCCAUACACUCCGCCAAUGGACAAAACCGGGCCAGCUGUUUCCGGAUUCACGCACCGUUGAAGAACUGCUCGGAAAAGCGGAUACCAUUAAUCAAUUCUGUUUCUAUGGGCGCUGCCUCGGGUUUCAAUUUUGUGAGUCAAUGAAACCACUUCUCAAAUUCAUUUCCAUCGGAAUGGCCGGCUUUUCGGAGGGAUACUAUUCGGAGGGUGGCAAAAUUUCCAAAGCCACCAGUUUGAUGUACACUAGUACCAAAUAUAUGAUAGAUCCUGAACUUCGAGCCCGUAGAAUUGUCAACAUCUCGCAGAACUCCAAUAUAGACUUUUGCAAAUCUUUCUGGUUCCUAGCAGAAUCUCAGCUGAUGCACUCUCUUCCGUCCUUUGUUGGAUUCAAAGUUAAGGUUAGCCGUGUUAUAACCAUUCCUCCGGAGCCAAUUCAACUGAAAGCGGAAAAAUCAAACACUAUGAUCAACAUUCCAGUGCCCCAAAGCCACGGUGGACCGGGUCCAAUAAAGGCAAGGCUUAUUAGUGCCGUCAAAAGGAAAGGAAUGAUCGGCGAUAGAGUAAACCCUCGAAGUACAAUCCAUCCUCCUUCGUCGGGACUUCUGUUCCAUUGCCAUGGUGGUGGAUUUGUAGCACAAAGUUCAAAAUCUCACGAAAGCUACUUACGUGAAUGGGCCAUUUCCCUAAACGUCCCGAUACUGUCCAUUGACUACAGCCUUGCACCGGAAGCCCCUUUCCCAAGAGCUCUGGAGGAAGUUUUCUACGCAUAUUGUUGGGCCCUAAAAAAUUGCGAACUUCUCGGUACCACAGCUGAGAAAGUUAUCUUUGCUGGAGAUUCAGCUGGAGCCAAUUUGAACCUGGGCUGCGCUAUGAAAUGUAUCGAAACCGGGGUUCGCAGACCAGAUGGAAUAUUUCUGGCUUAUUGUCCGGUUCUGAUCAGUUUCGUUCCGAGUCCGGCACGAAUGCUCUGCCUAAUGGACCCUUUGCUGCCGUUCGGUUUCAUGAUGCGCUGUUUGAAGGCCUACGCUUGCCCUAGCAAGGAAGUCCUGGAGAUGAAUCGCAAACGCUACGAAGAACGACAAUCGAUCGUCAAUGCGGGUUUGGUUCAAAGCACCGUUGAUACCAAUGGAAACAAAAAGGAAGACGAUGAUGGUUCUAAUCAGUCCGAUUCACCGGAAAAUUCAGCGUGGGACCAACAAAACAGCAUGAAUACAGUUCCGUUAACCAACCAGCAUCUAAGUCCAAUUAGUGACACCGUCAGUGACACGUUGGCGCUGAAGAGUCAAACCGUUGGAAAUACUAUCGAUCUUAUGAGUCCAGAUGAAGAUACAAUCACAUCGUUGGAGGAAGAUUCUCAACCCAUAACAUUGCACCAGAUUAAUCUGAAAACUGAGCAAAGUCAGGUGACUGUGGUCGAUGAUCUGGAUAUGGAUUUACCCAGUGAUAUGAGUUCGGAGCAGAUCACCAACAAACAUGUUUCGGAGUUUAUAGAAAGAUACGUACUGGACACAACUACUAACGCCGAAGGCGAACUGGAACCUAUCCUACGACCGGUUUCGAGUGCUUCAGAGGACAAUGUGGUCCUCGACAUCGGUCGAGAGACUCUGAGUGUUCAAAAUCUUCAGGAAAAAGUGUCCAACGUUGCUAGCAAUCUGGUCAAUCGGGUUUCGUCGACGUUCAGCGCCAUCACUACAUCGAAGCCCAUCUCGAGCAGCGGGUCGCAGAGUGAAUUCCAGAGCAACCUGGAGGCGUUGAUUGCCCGGAGUCCAUCGGACGAGUGCAUCUUCGAUGUGCCGAAGGAUUCGCACCUGUCCCCGUACUGGGCCACCGAUGCGGUACUCAGCCAGUUUCCACCGACGAAAAUUUUGACAGUGGUGCUCGAUCCCUGCCUCGACGAUUGCGUGAUGUUUGCGAAACGGCUGAAGAAUUUGAACAACCCCGUUACGCUAGACAUUCUGCCAGGUCUUCCACAUGGAUUCCUCAACUUUGCAUCUAUAUCCAAAGAAGCGCACGAGGGAUCCAAGCUGUGCGUGCGCCGGAUUGCGGAAAUGUUCGAACUGCAGCUUCCGGCCGACGAGGGCGACCAGGCGGAGAAAAAAUGCUGUUAGCACCUGCGUCACUGCCUGGCCGGAUCAAAGCAGUUGUUUCGCAAAGGUAGUGAACAGAUAGUCCAUCUGUAGGAUACAUACACAAUUACACAACUAGUUCUCUGGCUCCACUCGUUUGUUGGUUUUGAAGCUUAUAAAAUCACAUCAGAACUCGAAAAUUUUUAGAACUUUUUUUACUUUUUGAAGCAUUAAAUUUUUGUGCAGUGAUAUUUCAUCAACUUGGACGCCUUUUGAAACCUUUAAGCUGAAAAUAAAUCAAAAAAUUGUUUAAUUUUUGCAGUCCAGCGCUUUUCACAACCAAGUAGCUUUACGAUAAAACCGGGAAAUCAAAUUUCCAACACUAGGAUCAGAUAUUGACGCCUUGGAUGAUGAGGGUCCAGCAUAGUUUGCCGAAAAGCUUUGAUAAUACAAGAAGACAUGAUUGUUAUACAAUAAUUUAGGGAAAAAGCACGCGUUUAUAGCUUUUAUAAAUACUAGUUUAUUGUGCGUAUUCAUUAAAGCGGAAGAGAUACUCCAGCACUAUGACAUAUAGAACAAAAGCUUUACGAAAGCAAUCUCAAAUCAAUUCAUACAAAUAUAACAAAAAUAAAACAAUCCGAAAAGUCAAUCUGUUAAAUUCAAACAAACCACAAAUUCGGAUGAUUAUGGUUUGCUCAAAAUAAAAAAAAAAGAUUACUGAAGCCAAAAAAUACUAUACCCGAUAUUAUGUAUUUGCUUUAUCAGUGUGAUACUUUUACAUGGAAAAGGUGCAAUUUGAUGUCUAUUUUGUAUACAAAUAAUAAAAAAUGUUUAUUUACAGUUCAACCAACUAAUGAGUAACAAACUACCAAAGGUAAAGGAUAUUUUUAUUUGUUUUUUAUUAUUCUACUGAUUGAAACAGAAGAGGCAAUGUUUAUCUAUACUAUAACAUAAUCACACUAUUAUAGGUUUAGGGCAUUAAAAUGCCACAUUGUUACUUAAGUAUUUACACGCGAAUGAAACUGGGUGUACCCUUUGUAAAACAAAUAAUAAAUUAUGAAGAUUAUAAUUCGUGUCAAAUAUUGAGGCAGCUCGGAAGGAAAAUUGGAAUGGGCGGAAUGCUGAACAUGUUCCACUGACUCAUAAAUGUCGAAUUCAAUAAAACUAAGAUAUAAAGA